GUGCGCCGUGGUGUGAGCUCGGGUCCUUACGGUAACGUCCGGCUCCCUGGAUUGUUUUGUCCCUCGCGCUGCUCCGGGGUUUGAGAGAGCACGGAGAGAUGAGAUGAGCUGAGCCUCCUCCACACUAUCUACCUACCUAAACCUGCUCAGUCACUGUUAUAACGACUAACCUCACUCUCUGAAGCAAACUCUGGACACCUCUCCGCCUCCUGCUGUAAACUUUUGGGGACCCGCAAGGCAUUUGGACGAGUGUAGUAGUGCCAGCAGCAGCAGCAUCAUCUUCUCUAAUUGGGGUUAGGAGCAAACUCCACAUAAUCUGUAUUCAGUGUGUGCACCAUGGCGACUAAACCUCACCCUCCUCUGAUGAAGAAGCACAGCCAGACGGACCUGAUAAGCCGCCUGAAGAGCCGGAAAAUCCUCGGAGUUGGCGGCGAGGACGAUGAUGGCGAAGUGCACCGCUCAAAGAUCAGUCAGAUGCUCGGAAACGAGAUGAAGUUUACGGUGCGAGAGCCCGUCGGGCUGAGGGGGUGGAUUCUCAUCUCUGCAGUGGGUUUCACAGUUAUGGCCGUGAUGGCCCUGGUGUUUCCCAACCAGCUAUUUGAGGUUGUUUUCGAGGAGGAGCUCUCCACGACUAGCAUCUCCAUUCGCCUUUAUGGAGGAGCGCUGCUUAGCCUGGCCCUCAUCAUGUGGAACGGUCUCUACACAGCAGAGAAGGGUGUCCUCCAGUGGACUCUGCUCAGUGAAGCCUGCUACUUUGCUGUCCAGUUUCUUGUGACAUCCUUCACCUUACUGGAGAUUGGCAUCCUACCCUAUGGUGCCGUGCUGCUGCUCCUCAGUCGGGUGCUCUUCCUGGUGGUCACCAUGGCUUUCUACUACCACCUGGGCCGUAGGGCGAAGAAGAUCUGAGCUGACUACUGGUUGACACUUCCAGGGAUGGGGACAGCUGAGCACAAAUCACAAACAAGGGGUCAGAAGGUUUGGAAUAAUAUUUGAUUGGGGCUUGGAGCAUUACUGCCCCCUUCCAUGGGACCUAGCCUAUUGUAACCCCCCAGUAUUCAACAGAUGAGCACAGCCUCACAUUCCAGACUCUACAACCAGGACGAGACACCUCAUAGUGAGAGUGAAUCACUCUUUCACUGGGCUGUGAGGUCAAGCCCCUCGACACACAUUCCUCCCUUGUGCAGUUCUGUUAUAAAGAAGGAGCUAGCAGUUUGUAGUGCGUUGCGUCACCUAGUUAUAGGAUUUAAUUUGUACAGUACAUCUGACUGUGUUGUUCAUGUACAGGCCACAUGAUUUCCAGAUUCAGUAUUUUGUGUUAUCUAAAGUUGCAUCUUGACACCACUUCUUAAUCACACUCAAGGAUCUCUAAUAUGCAUCCUUUUUGACGCCGUUGAUGUUAACUCAUACUGUAUGUAUGCUAAAGUGAAGCCUGAGUAUCUGUGCUCUUGCAUGCUUCUCUGACAACUCUUUAUCGAAUGGGGAAAAGCAUUAACUGUGCUCAAGAUUCAGGUGCAGUCAGAUGAGCUAAAUGCUGGAUGAGUGACAAUGAACCUUUUCUUAUACAGCUGACAGCUGUCUUAGUCUGCACACUGAGGGAAACUCCUAAAGAUCAGUUUUUACUCUCAAUCAGAUUUAGACUACCCAAAAACAAAUGCUGAAUUUAACAUUUUUCAGGGACAAAGUGAUUUUUGUUUUUUUAUUCCUUGAGGUAUCAGUCAAGAAGUUCUACCAAAGUGAAUAGGAGUUGUUUUGUACAGAAUAUUUACACUGCUGAGAUUAAUAGUAAAUAAUAUGUAAUGUUGAGAAAUGUACAUGUGACCUGACUCGUAGAAGAGAAGCAGUGUUGUAGUGUGUGCGCUGGUAGGCAGGGCUUUAGCCUGAGUGAUCUUACAGACAAGUAUUUUAACAUCCUGACCUUUACUGUAAAGCUAGCGUCACAAGCCCAGCACGCAGAGCAAACCAACCUGAGCUGGUUCCUCUUCAGUGAUGUAGCACAGUUUUUUACAGACACCUUAUCUUUAGCCUUAAAACUACUUAAAAAGAACGGUCAUCAACACUGCAUCCUACUUCUUGUACAUAUGUAUAUAAAAGUAUUUACUAUUACGUGGUGUUCUUGUGAACCGAACAGGGAACGUGUUCAGUAUUAGUUAAAUGACUUUCAAAGAUCAA